GUUUUGUUUUAAUUGGGACAAAUUAUGGUAGACAAGGUGCAUUUUUACCUGGAUUGCGCAGGUGGCGAGACGCGUGGAGGGCAACUAAGGCAGUGACUGGCUGCUGGGACGCACGUCCACCUACUUUUGCUCACGCGUAAAACAUACAUUCACGCGCACGCGCGCACACUCUGUCUUACACAUAAAGGAGACUAAACAGUUGAGCUCUUUCGGGGGCAGACGUCAAAAAUGACAAGUAUGCAAGAUACUGCGCUGCCUCCAAGUGGAGCCCGUUGCGCCUUUUUUACGCACGACGGCACGUCCGAGCUCAUCCAAAAAGCCCACGAGCCUUCCCGAGUUUAUCCUGAUCAUGUCAGGGAUGUUGCUCGUCCCGGUCCAGCCAGCUUCAGGUCAUCCUCAGUGUCUGGACUUCGAGCCACCUUUCAAACCGUCCUGGCACCUGGAGUUUUGCACCCAGUACGAGCAGUUUGGCUGCUGCGACCAGAAAACGGACAACACGAUCGCAGAGAGAUACUGGGACAUCAUUGACCAGUUGGAAACGGCGGGUCAUGAGCUCUGUGCAGACAUGUUGAAGGAAAUCAUGUGCCAGUCUUUUUUACCAGUGUCAUUAAUCGUCUCUGUGAUAGUCAGAGAGCUACCUGGCCUUUGCUUCGACUACUUCACCGAGUUUCACGGCAAAUGUCGCCAUGUGGUGAAAUAUUUAACCGAGAACCAGCUGCUGCAGGACACGUCUGAGCGAGACGCGUCCACGUUCUGCAGCCUGGUCGACUUGUCCGACCGGGACUACUGCUACCCCAACGUCUAGAAGAGCCCCGACCUCAACAGCAACCUGGGACGGGUGGCGGAGGACCCCAGAGGGUGUCUCCAGGUGUGCCUCACAGAGGUGGCCAACAACCUCAGGAACCCCGUGUUGAUGCUUCACAGCGGCGACGGCACACAUCGCAUGUUCAUCGCCGAGCAGGUGGGCUUCGUGUGGGUUCACCUGCAUGACGGCAGCCGGCUAGAGCAGCCCUUCCUGGACAUGAGUGGGGAGGUGAUGACGACGCCCUGGCUGGGGGACGAGAGGGGCUUCCUGGGCAUGGCCUUCCACCCCGAGUACCGGGACAACGGACGCUUCUUCAUCUACUACUCUAUCCAGGUCAACAGUGAGGUGGAGAAGGUCAGAGUCAGUGAGAUGCAGGUGUCUGCCCACGAUAUGAACAAGGCUGAUCCGUACUCAUUCAGAACCAUUCUAGAGAUCGUGGAGCCUGCCGCAAACCACAACGGAGGCCAGCUGCUGUUCGGUCUCGAUGGAUGUUUGUACAUCUUUACUGGUGAUGGUGGAAAAGCUGGAGAUGCAUUCGGGAAGUAUGGCAAUGCGCAAAACAAGUGGCGCUGCUCUGUGGACCGCGGAGACCCGGUCAGCCGGUACGGCAGGGGCAGGAUAUUCUGUGGAGACGUGGGUCAAAACCGCUACGAGGAAAUUGACAUCAUCGUGAAGGGAGGGAACUAUGGAUGGAGAGCUGAAGAGGGCUUUGAGUGCUUUGAUAUAAAACUGUGCCACAACUCCUCCUUGGACGACAUCCUCCCCAUAUUUGCAUACAGCCAUCAUGUUGGGAAGUCUGUGACAGGCAGAUACGUGUACAGAGGAUGUGAGUCACCCAAUCUCAACGGACUGUACAUCUUUGGAGACUUCAUGAGCGGUCGAGUGAUGGCGUUGGAGGAAGAGAAGUCCACAUGAACCUGGAGGGAGAGGAGUUUGUGUAUGGGGGAAACAAAGACGUGCUCCUUUCCUGGACUCAUCAAUCAUCACCACAAGUUCAUCAUCUCAUUUGCUGAAGAUGAAGCAGGGGAACUCUAUUUGUUGGCCACUGCGUACCCCGGCGCCAACUCUCCUCAUGGAACUGUUUUCAAAUUCAUGGACCCUUCCAGGAGAGCUCCUCCUGGAAAAUGUAAGCAGAAGCCGCUGCCUGUCAAAGUCAGAGGGAAGAAGGUUCCCUUUGUGGCCCGAGAACUGACUGUGCUGGACACAAAUGAAAAACCUACCAGACCACCACCAAGACAAUUCAAACUCACCCCCAAACCAACGGUGACGAGGAGCCACGACACACCAGCAGCGACCGCUGCCAGCGAGGCCAUGACGAGCUCUGCUGUGAAGCUGAAAUGGAAAUCACUUGAUAAGAAAGCGAGGAAGACAAUUAAGUUGCAACCGUGGAAGAAGAAAAAAGUGCUGAAAAAGCAGCCAGCUAACGCAGAAAUGAAGAAGAACACUGUGAGACAGAAAUCCAAGGAACAAUCAAAGAAGACAGCUGUGAUGACGCCUUUCAGAAACAAAGUUAAACCAGCGACCAACCAAACUGCCAAAGCUGAUGUGAAGAGUUACGCUCUUAAACAAACCAACAGCCUGAAACAUGGCACGGUCCACAUGAGGAAGAUUCCCCCAAAAGCUGCACAGAAGAAAAGCAUUAAGUUUAAACAAUCUCAUUCCUUCAUGAACAAAACUGAGACAAACGUGAAUGUGAAAACGAACAGAACAAUGCAAAACAAACUUCAGGUAAAGACAAAGCAAGCGAAAAAAGCACUUUAAAAUAUGUAUUUUGUUUUAUUUUGUAUAUUUUAGUUUGUGAUAUCAGUGUUGAAUAUCAUGUUUUAAAGGAGCCGCUACCAGAGCCGUAUACGGCGUCUCUACAUCACUCCUCCGCAGGUCAAAUAUUGUCACUUCCG